AUGUUCCUCCCAUGGCUGGGAGCGUCUCUCCGCGGCCUGGCGAUGCGUCAGGCACCUACAUGUGGGGCACUAAUAUACACCAUGUUCAUUGCCAACGGCAACAUGAAUAAAUUAUUUCUUACCUCAUUUGCCAUAUUGAUUAUUGUAGAAAUGCGUUUGUGGUUGGAGAUCGUGAGGCUAGUCUGUGCGCGCUGGGAGUGCCGUGAACGGGUUAAGGUACCCCCCGGGAUGAAGAGCGAAGUGCAAACACUUUGGAGCAACGACGACGUGCCCAGCUUCGAAGUAUCGAAUUACGUUUAC